ACAAAAUCAACAUCUAUUAGUCAGUCACUUCUCUUCCACCGGCAUAUCAUUCCGUGGGCUUGACUUUUCUAUCCAUAAAGAAUGACCACGCAACUACAGACAUGUGGUUGCGAGUAUUCGAGGUCUGGUUAACAGCAAGGCUCCUUAAGAGUCCCGCCUUCCAUCGAGCCGUCGGUCGCGUACACAAAAAAGUUCACGAGCUGCGGUACGGGAAAGACCCGGCUGAGAUGGGAGGAACGCAAAUCGACAAGCCGGGCGGCACUGAUUUCAACAAGUUUCUCCGGUACUAUGUGGAAGAGCUGAAGGAGCAAUUCUACGGUAAUAGAAAGAAAUGACAAGGUUCAACUGAGAUGUGGCGAUGGCGGGACCUUGCACAUUGUUGAGAACACGGAAUUGCGUGGGCAGGUAUCGUCUUGACGAAUUAUGCGUAGUCGGCGUUUGGGGAAGGACAUCUCUGGCGUUUGGGAAAUGAAUCAGGAGAUCGGCUUCCUCGAGCCAUGACAGGGCUUUCCUUAGGGUACGAAUCUUCAACUACUCUAUUCCUCUCUUCUCUUCUGGCCCCUAUGCUUUACUUCCAUUUCGAUAGGGUUUCAGCAUGGGGUUGUGGGACUUGAAACGUGAUCCAGUUCUCUGGGUACAGUAUAUCCAUUUCUUACCACUUUCUUUCUACUAUUAUACCGGAUAUUAAAUUGGGCU